CCUGUUGAUCAUGCAGAAGGCGAAGACGAACAUCAACCACACAAUUCGGCUCAUAACUCAGCCUCCACCGCUAACCAAGACGUGGUUGCAACUCAGCUUGCUGCCAUGCAACAGCAGUUUGGGGUCUUUCAGCAAGUGCUAGCUCAGUUGUUAGCCCGGAACAAUCCUGGUGAUCCACUCAUCAAUCUACUUAACCCUGCUCCACCACCAAAUCCUGAACCAGUUCAACAUGCUCCCGCUGUUAGUGAAUCUCAGGGCCAAUCUCACAUGGCACCAGUUCAACAACCUCCUCAUGAUGAUGUUACUCGACGUUUAGAUAGCUUAGAGAGGCUAGUGGUCGAACAGCGGGGUGUCCCACCUCCAUACCCUGCUGUUGACUCCAUACCACACCCUCUCAACACCAAUAUUGUGCUGGAGCCUUAUCCCACUGGCUUCAGAAUACCACAACUUGAAACUUACGAUGGGACGAAGGACCCCGACGACCAUCUACAUGCUUUCUACUCUUGCAUGCAGGCCCAGAACGCCUCUGAUGCGUUAAUGUGCAAAAUCUUCCCCUCGACCCUCCGAGGUAAUGCUCGAACCUGGUACUACAGUCUGCCUCCGAGGUCAAUUAACUCUUACACAGAACUGGCAUCUGCUUUUGCCACAAAGUUUUCCAGUAGAAGAUUGAUCAGGAAAACCACUUCCGAAUUGAUGCGGGUUAAGCAGAAGGAUGGGGAGUCUUUGAAGAAUUUUAUGAGCAGGUUCAAUGAUGCUGUGCUGGAGGUUAACUCUUUCGACCAAGCUGUGGGGAUUACAGCUGUGAUCUCAGGUCUCGGCCAUGAAAGAUUCAGAGAUAGUUUGAUUAAGCAUCCGGCCACCACCUUCAGUGAGGUAAAUGAUAGAUCAUUGGAAUUCAUAACUGCUGAGGAAUAUGCCCUGUCGCAGAACCUCACCCCUGUUAAGAAUCAACACCCGGACUGGAGAGAUGAGAAUCCGAACAGGAAGCGGAUGAAGACGUCACAGAACCGAGGUCCGAUGUCGACUUCCACCCUGAGACUCGAAGGCCGAACUCCGCACCUCUGCAACAACCUGCAGAUUAAGAAUAAAAUGGACUUACGACGUCCGGGUCCAAUGAGAACUGCUGCUGCUACCAGAGACCAUACAAGGUACUGUGAUUUUCAUCAAGAUCACGGUCAUACAACAGAACAAUGCAAUAGUCUGAGGUCCGAACUGGAAAGCCUGGCGCAGAAAGGAAUGUUAAAUGAGUACAUUCAGAGAAAUGAACAGCCACGGUUUGUCAGGGAACAAGGGACGCAGCGUGAAGGAGUCCGCAAUCCUCCAAACAGGCAAGGUGUGGGAUAUCAGCAGGCCCCACCCCCACUCCCACCACCAGCUAGAAUCAUACACAUGAUUACGGGGGGUCUGGAAGCCGGUGGACUGAGUUCCAAGCAACGAAAGCUGUAUGUCAGAGAGGUUAAGCACCAGAAUCGAGCUCAGAAGCGAAAAUUUGAUGAUGCUGAGUGGAAGAAUCAACCCAUCACUUUCACAUCUGCUGAUCUCGAGACAGUUGUCACACCACACAAUGAUCCACUAGUCACUUCUGUCACGAUCAACAAUUGUGAAUCUUGGAUUAGAUUCAGCUCUGUUGCAACGAUAUGAUGGUCCCAUUUA